GGCUAUACAAGCGAAGACGAGAACAAGACAAGACAAGACAAGCCGAUCAUAGUAAAGUCAAGUCAAAAAUUUCACAAUGGCCGGCUCGAUUACCAAGCCCAAGAAGCCCAAGUCUAAGCGAACUCCCGUUCGUCUUCGCCACAAGAUCGAAAAGGCUUCCGCCGCAAAGCAAAAGAAGGAGCGCAAGUUGGCGAAGAAGAACCCAGAAUGGCGAUCAAAGUUAAAGAAGGAUCCCGGUAUCCCCAAUCUGUUUCCUUACAAGGAGAAGCUGCUCCAGGAGAUUGAGGAGAACCGUCUAAAGAAGGCCGAGGAGGCGCAAAGAAGAAAAGAGAUGGCCAAGGCUGCAAAGACGGGCGCUAAGGAUGAGGCGGCCAUGACUGAUGUCCAGGUCAACGUUGGCGACGAGAUGGAAGAGGACGGCAUGGACGAGGAUAUCGACGAGUCAAACCCCAUGGCUGCGCUUAUUGCAAGCGCUCGCGCUGCUGCUGCUACCUAUGAUCGACAACUCGCUGACGACGAUGAUAUGGACGAGGACGACGAUAGCGACGACUCCGACAACGAUCGUGGCCCUGAGAUGUCCAUUGGUCAGGCUUCUUCGAGAAAGACCUAUGACAGAGUCUUCAAGCAAGUCGUUGAGCAGGCCGAUGUUGUUCUUUAUGUCCUCGACGCCCGCGAUCCUGAGGGCACCCGCUCUCGCGAGGUUGAGCGCCAGGUUAUGGCUGCCGCAUCUGGUGGCAAGCGACUGAUCCUAGUCAUCAACAAGGUCGAUCUCAUCCCUCCCAAGGUUCUACGAGACUGGCUUAUCUACCUGCGACGAUACUUCCCUACUCUGCCCCUCCGAGCCUCUGGCGCUGCUCCCAACGCCCACACCUUCAACCACCGCGAUCUGACCGUCCAGAGCACCUCUGCCACGCUCUUCAAGGCCCUCAAGAGCUUUGCCGCCAGCCGACAACUCAAGCGUGCUGUCUCUGUUGGUGUUAUCGGUUAUCCUAACGUGGGUAAGAGCUCUGUUAUCAACGCUCUUCUUUCAAGGAUGAGCGGUAAGGGCGGUAGCUCUUCCAAGGCUUGCCCUGCUGGUGCCGAGGCUGGUGUUACCACAAGCAUUCGCUCUGUCAAGAUCGACAGCAAGCUUACUCUUCUCGACUCCCCGGGUGUUGUUUUCCCUUCAUCGUCCUCCACCCAAUCUGCUGGUCUCGUUUCUCUCAAGAACGCCACUGAGGCUCAUGCUCACUUGGUUCUUCUCAACGCUGUCCCUCCCAAGCAGAUCGACGAUCCUAUUCCCGCCGUGACUCUUCUCCUGAAGCGUCUGUCAGCUUCUCCCGAUCUUAUGCAGAAGCUCACAAACGUCUACGAUAUCCCUGCCCUUCUCCCUGAUCGUGCCGAUGGUGAUGUCACCACCGACUUCCUCGUUCAAGUCGCCCGCAAGAGAGGCCGUCUUGGUCGUGGCGGUAUUCCUAACCUUGCUGCUGCUGCCAUGACAGUCGUUACUGACUGGCGAGACGGCCGCAUCCAGGGAUGGGUUGAGCCUCCUGUUCUAGCUGUCGAGUCAACAACUACCGCCUCCAAGCCGGCUAUCAAGAACGCUGGCGAGGACGAGGUUGCUGCUGAUCAGAAGCAGAUUGUUACUGAAUGGGCUGCCGAGUUCAAGCUCGAGGGCCUAUGGGGUGACGAUGAGGGCAGUGCCGAAGCCGCUGAUGCUAUGGAACAGUAAAGAAAAGUAUUUCAGCGGUUUUGUUCAGCAAAAUGACGGAAGGGUUAACAUGAGUUCUUCACUGGAAAGUUUGGCGUUUCAAGGAUGGCUGGUAGAACGGUUUAUAUCCGUGCAUAUACAUUCGU